CCAUUCACCCCUACCGCCGCGCCGCCUAACAGUUUGCUCUACUUGCCCGACUCCUCCCAAACCUAAGCUGGCGGCGGGCGGCCGAUAAGCGAGGUCACGAUGGGGGUGAGGCUGCCGAAUGGUCGGAGGCGAAUGAGAGCGGGCGCUCGGCACAGCAUUUCCGGCUGCUCGGCAUCUGGUGGCCCGCGGCCAGCGGCAAGCGCCAGCCACUCAGGCGCCCAGGCCAGGGCCACCAGCACUGCAGCUGAUGGCCGGACGGUGGGCCGCAAAAGCAGCAAGCCAGCAGACCAGCAUCAGCAAGCAGUAAGGUCAAUUAUUCAAUUUGAUUCUGUCUUCCCCAAUCGGCCAAUCUUGCAGUACACAUCAAUUUUUUCUGCUAAAGUCGAACACAUUGACUUAAGAGAUUAUUUAUGCCCCAUUCCCAUUAUAUAGACUAAAUUACUAAAUGAAGAGGAACAUGAGAAAUCCUUUUUCUCAUGCUCCUACGCCUGCAACUGCACUCUGCCCUCUUGAUAAAGUUGAGCAACAAGUAGAGCUAGAGAGUGUAGUAGAGUCUCAAAUAAUAGCUAGCAAUGUGGAUGCCGACAUUAGAAACAGAAGGAUCAAGUUUUUAUUGAGUUUUUCGUACAAUUAGACUUUGGAGAUAUAAUCUAAACCAUGUAAUUUAAGAACUUUUAGCUAUUGCUAUUUCAACAAUUAAUAUGUGGAUUAGUUUAAAUGUUUCAAACACUUAGAUAAGUGGCCCCUGCUAGAAAAAAGCACAUACGUACCGGGCGCCGGCCCGGUACCGCCUGGCCGGUACUAAGUAGGCCGCCACUUAGUACCGGUUAGGCGGCCUGGUACUAAAGGUGCACUUUACUAAAGUGCCUGCCACGCAGGCGCCGCAGGUGGAGCACUUUAGUACCGGUACUAAUUCGUUUCAUUUUUUUGGUUUCAACUAAUUCGUAUUCGUAUAUGUUUGCGUAUUAGUAUUAGUGUAUGUCUAUGUAUUCAUAUUCUUGUACGUCUGCGUAUUCGUAUAUAUUCGUAUCUAGCAUAUAAUUGAAUACAUUUAUUAUAGUUACAUAAACUUGAAAUAUUAUAUGUACCUCUAAUAUAAAUAUGUUAAUAAUAAACUUAGGAUUCAUAACAUAUUUACAAGUCGUCGUGCACAAAAGUUUUGUCCGACAAAUUUUUACAAGAUACUAAGGGUCCUUAGGCGCCUCAUCAUCGCUGAUGUCUUUAUUCGGAUCCGCUCGACCCACACUUAUUUUAGGAUUCACAUAAAAUUCUCGAGUUGGAUUUAUGACCUCAUCUAGGAGGAAUCAACAGAUUGAAUAUUGAAUUGCUUUGAUUCUUUCCGGUUGGAUGAGGGCAUUCGCCAUGCAAGUACUAUGUCAAGUGCAAACACCAAUAUUUUGAAUUAGUACCUAGAAAGAACUAAAUGCAAGUAAUUGUUAGUAAUGUUGUUCUACGUACUUUGAAAUCAUGUUGUGACAUCGAGCUGCGGCGGCAAAAAUCCACCAUGUACUCACAUAUGUAGUAGCCACAUAGGUUGUUUCCUGGCGCCUGUCUCAUUAUAUAUGUAUAUAUAUGUUGAUUAAAGAAACGACAGUAGAUGUGCGAUAUAUAUUCGUACCGGCCAGUUAGUGGUGAAUUCUAGCGGGGCUGGAGGUGACGAUAUUCCUAUAUGUUUUUCGAGGAAGCGAGCCCAUGCUUUUUGGAUGAUGUUUAUGAGGUCUUGGUAAUAAUAUGUUGGCUUCCUCAAGGAGUCGUGCACCCGAACUCGGCAUCUAUCGAUCUCGAUAAUAAGAAGGAUCUAGUGGAACCUGUUUCAUGCACAUAUAUGUAUAAGAAAUGUUGGAUAUAUAUACACAUAUAUAUAGUGAAGUCAAGAAAAAAGAUAAAGAACUCACUCGAAGUUGUACGGAAAUAGAAUGUAUUGACAAGUAUUCUACUUAUGCAAGGCCCUGAGUAUGUUGUUCUCGGUCCGAUUAGGCCAUUUCCUGACACUCUCCUCAUGUAUAUUAUAUGAGUCUAUGAAGCCGACGUGGUAGUAUCCUUUUCUCUGGCAUUCUUGAACCUUCGCCCUACACAAUUAAAAAAGAAGGAAGAGGAUAAGAAAACACAUAAUUAGUAGAGCUAUGAUACUAUAUACAAAUGGUAAGACGAAGUACACUUACAUACAAAAUACACUGAGGAGAGACUUGUCUAGGGCGUUUUGAUGGUAUAGAUCAUAAAGAUUUUCAAAUUCAAUCCAUAUGUCAUCCAUCCCCCGAUGGAAAUGCCUAUCUUGUAUUCGAGCACGGAACACUACAUCCUUCGAUGCACUUGCUUUCAGGUACCAUGCAUGCAACUCACGCAUCCUAGUUGGUAGCGUCGGAAUCAACUCUUCCCACAUAAGAGGUUCCCCCAACACAAAAGGUUUUUUGUUUGCCCCUGGGUGAACCUCGAUUGGAGCCUCUUCGAGCAGCUGAGCUUUUGUGAGGCCGCUUUCCAGCACAAACUGAGCAGUAGCUGCAUCCUUUGAGUGGGGGUAUCGAUUGCUUGGACUGUUGUCCGAGCUAGGGAACUUGGUUGCGCCAACGGUUACUUGGCUUCUUCAAGUAUUUUGUGAUCUGGCGGUCGUAGUCCGAUAGGGGUGCCCUGUACUUUGGUUUGAGUAAAGAUCUGAAGUAUUUCUUAUCUGCCUCUGACCAUUGAUGCAUCGGUGGAGGCUUUUUUGGUGCGAAAUGAGCUCUGACGUGCUCGCGCACACUCUCAUCCAAUUCCUCCUGAGUCAUAUGGUAUGCUAACUUCGGUGGUGGAGGUUUUUCUUUUUUCUUCUUGGGGGUGUUCCUCUUCUUAGGAGGAGGCGCGACCCUUGUGCUCUUCCUUGCCUUCGGAGGCGGUGGGACCGAAGGCUUCGCGCUAUCCUUCUUCACCUUCGGAGGCGGUGACGGUGGGACCCAAGGCCCUGAGCUAGCACUUGAGUCCCUUGCAUCAUCGGGAGCCGAACUAGGACUCUUUUCUGCUGCCGGUGCUAUUCUAGGAGCCAGACUGGGACUCCUUUGUGGUGUCGGUGGUGAUCUCGGAGCUGGACUGGGACUCCUAUGUGCUGCCGGUUGUGAUCUCGGAGCUGGACUCAGACUGGGACCUCUUUGGGCUGCCCGUGACUUGGCGGGCUCAGAGCCGGGAGUUGGUGUAUCGGUGAAUUGUAUCUCAAAGGCCAAUCGUAUGUACCACUUGUUCCAACAGAUCCAUGUGUGCAUGGCGUGUUCAAGUUCCUCUUGUCCGUCGCCUCCAAGGAUCUCGCGGUCAAGGUCUUCCCAUCCUGGCUCGACUCGAUCGAUCAUGACCCUAGCAUAUCCUUCCGGAAUCAGCCUGCCAUGAAUUGUCCCACAUUGGACAGGCACUUCAGCAAUGCCGUGCGCGACCAGUUUGAUCUUUUUUCUCUACUGAUACAGAAGCUCGCAGGGUGUCCUCACAGUGAUGUCAUCCACCGGGUAAUGUUCUGACUCAUCCACAACCACUGUGGGUUGACCUCCGGCUGGGUGCUCCGUGGAAGCGAUGCUGCGAUGGCGUUGCGAGCCGGGGCUGCUCUUCAAAUUGGCGGCUGAUCUGGCUUCUUGUUGGUGUGCCUGGCUGCUAGCUGCCAUUACCCCUUCAAUUGAAGCUAUCCUUUGUUCCAACCCGAAGCCCGAACCUGAGAAACCCGAGACCAAACCCGAAAAACCCGAACCCCAAUUCGGGUUCUAACCCACGGUACCCAAAAUUAUUACGGGUAGUUCGGGUAUUGGGCCACGGUACCCAAAUUACCCGAACUACCCGAAAUACCGCCCAGCCCAUGUAUGUUUACUCAUUGCACUUGCAGCCCAGCCAGCCCACGAAACCAACCCUAACCUAGGCAGCCGCACAGAGCCCACCCCACCCCAAACCCCAGUCGCGCUGCCACUACCCUGUCCGGCUAUCCCCGUCGCAUCGCGAGACGCGAAUCGCCCACCCCACUAGUGCCCCUCGCCCACCGACCGUCGCCGCACCACUGCCUCUCGCCCGCCAGCCGGUGUCACCACGCCACACAAACUGGUGGCCGCCGCCUCCGCCCGCCGGGCGCCGGGCGCCACUGCGCCUACGUGAACGUGCAGCUGGUGCAGGACUGCAGGCCGUGCAGGCCCCCUCACCGGCUCCCCCCGAGGCAUCAUGGUGAGGCCCCUUCUCCCCGUCCCCGAUGUCGCUAAGACCAGAAGACCUCGAGUCCUCGGCCUCGACUGCAGGCCAGCAAGGCGCUCCUUACCCCCGGCGGCUCCGGCUUCCUGAAUCCUGAAGACCUCGAGUCCUUGACCGAAGAAUGACACCAUCGACGGAGGAAUCUUGCAAUGUAUGUCAUUCAUUCCUCUUCUACUUGUUCAUGGUAGUACAGAUCUAGUGACUAGUAUGGUCUAUUUGAUCUAGUAGCAUCGCUUCCACAGUUACACUCUUGUUUGAAUGCCAUUUUUCUGUUGAAUUAGUAGAACAUUUGAAAUGCAUAGAUAGGACAGGUCACAGGUGUACAAUUUUUCAGUCAUGACUUGAGGCAAAUUAAGAUUUGAUCAGAGAUUACCACAGUCCACCUAUUUGAUCUAGUAGUGUCUUGAACUCUUGAUGAGCUCACUGAAAUCAGUGCUCUUUGUUUUUUAGAUGCCUGAAACUGAAGAUAAUAUUGAGACCCAGUCAAUAAACACUGAGGCUCUACAUGAUAAUUCAGUUGUGCCAAUGGAGAUUCAAGAUUCACAGCCAUCAGAGUCGAAUGGACAAGCUGCUAAUCAGGAGGUCAUUGAUCUAGGGAAUGACACAGGGAAAGAGAAGGAAAGGAAGCAAAUGGCACCAAGGUCAAAUGUUUGGAAUCAUUUCAACAAGAUCAAGGAUGAUAAGGGUUUUCUCAAGUUUGCACAAUGCAAAUAUUGCACUCGCAAGAUGAAGGCUGAAUCAAAGGGACAUGGUAUAUCUUCGUUGUCUCGACACUUGCAAAGUAGCUCGCGAAAUCCUAACAAGUUCGAGAAUGACUCAAAACAAGGCACAUUGCAAAGGGAAGGUAUUACCACAUGGAGGUUCGAUCAAGAUGCACUUAGAGCGGCUUUCGCUGAGAUGGUUGUAGAAGAUGAGGAGCCUUUUUCUAUGGGUGAGAGGCCAGGCUUUAGGAAAUUUAUGAGCAAAGCCUUCCCACGAUUCCAAUUACCAUCUUGAAGAAACUGCACCAGUGAUAUUGUACGUGUUUACUUUCAAGAAAGAGCCAAGCUGAAGAAUUUUUUUAAAGAUUCUUAUCAGCGAAUUUGCUUAACAACGGAUGGUUGGACUUCUCAGCAGCAAGAUAGCUAUAUGACUGUCACUGCGAGCUUUAUUGAUGAUAAUUGGCAGCUGCAUAAGAAAGUGAUCAGUUUUUUCAAGGUAAAAGGACAUAAGGGAGAGGAUAUGGGGAAAAACUUUCUUAGAUGCUUGACAGAAUGGGGUUUGGACAAAGUAAUGACUGUCACUGUUGAUAAUGCUAAUGCUAAUGACAAUGGUGUGGGUUUUUUGAGGAGACAGCUGUAGGGGACCAACAUAGCUGGUGGCAAGUAUUUGCACAUGAGGUGUGCUGCACACAUCAUUAACCUCAUUGUGCAAGAUGGAUUGAAAGAAGUUGACCUCUCUGUGAAGCGUGUCAGGGCUACUAUUAAAUGGAUUAAGAAUGGGACUUCAAGAUUGGUAAAGUUUAAGGAAAUUGCUGAGGAAGAGAAGGUGGACAGCAAGGCAUUUCUUAAGCUUGAUGUCCCAACUAGAUGGAACUACACAUACCUUAUGCUGAAAUCUGCAAUAACUUAUGAGAAGGUGUUUACAAGGCUUUUCAAAGAUGACUACUCUUUUGUUAUUGACCUAUCCGAACAGAGAGAAGGACCUGGUCACCCGGAUGAAACUGAUUGGGAUAGGGCCAAGAAAAUGGCUGAAUUUCUAGAGCAUUUUCAUGAUCUUACUGUCCGUGUCUCCCCAAGUCUCCAUGUCAGCUCUAAUACAUUCUUUCAAGAGAUUGGGGAAGUGCACUUGCUGAUUCAAGCUUGAAUGAAUAGUACAAAUAAUCUGCAAGUAUCAAUGGGCAAGAGAAUGAAAGAUAAAUUUGACAAAUACUGGGGAGUUUGGCACACCAAUAAAGAGCAGGAGCAAGAGGCUGAGAGUGAUAGGGAUAGUGAGAGGAGGGGUAGGGGGAAGGGAAAAGCAAAGGAGAACAUUAAUUUACUGAUUUUCAUUGAUGCAGUUCUUGAUCCAAGAUACAAGUUAUCUUUGUACACCAAAUUGACUGUUGAAGAAAUACUUGGUGAGGAAAGAGGACAGCUAGUUUGGGCAGCUAUUAAAUCUUGUCUCCGUGAGCUGUUUGAUGAAUAUAGGCAAAUUCAUACAACAAGUGAAGUACAAACUGAAGUAAAUACCAAUCAAUCAAGUGGAGCUAGACAAGGCAUGCUUGCUGAAAAAAUUGCAAAGAGGAUGAGGAUGGAAAGUGGUUCCAGCAACACAACCAAGUCAGAACUUGACAAAUAUCUUAGUGAAGAUAUAGAGGAUAGGAACAAGAAGACUGACAUCCUUGUUUGGUGGAGAGACAAUGCACCCAGGCUUCCAGUUUUAGCUCACUUGGCUCGUGAUGUGCUUGCUAUACCUAUCUCCACAGUAGCAUCAGAGUCCGCUUUCAGCACUAGUGGACGCAUUUUAGAUGACUUCCGUACUUCUGUUACUCCAUUCAUGGUAGAGGCUCUAGUUUGUGCACAAGAUUGGCUAAGGAGAGCAACUCCUAUUGAUAUCCAAGAGAAUAUGGAGGAAUUAGAAAUGAUGGAAAAAGAGUUAAUUGAAGAAUUUGGUAACCAUAAAGCCCAGAAUAUUGGCAAAGGAAAAGGGAAAGAAAAAGAGGCUUCCACUGAGAAAACACAAGCAACACCAACAGGAAGCAACUCCAAGUCCAUCUCCAAACCCGGGUCGUCUACAUCUUAGAAGGGUGGUGCCGUGGUGCAUGGUGCUGGUGGGUGCCUGGGUGGUUUGGACUUUGGAGCCUGGAGGCGCAGCUUGAUGGGAGUCAUGUAGUUUGGUCAUGUUUAUCUCUGUUGGUGCUGUUUAUCUCUGUUGGGUGCUCUUUAUUGGGUGCAGCCUGGUCCUGGUGGGUGCUGUACUGCUGUUUAUCUCUGUCUGGACAUGUGGUGCAGUGGUGCAUGAUUUGUGUGCUUUAAAACUAUAUUUAUUAAUUGUGAUAUUUGAAGUGUAAACUGUCAGUUUGUUCAUGUACUGGUACUGCUGUUUA